UUGGCUAAAAAAGCGUGAUGUUGUAAGGGUUGUGAAGCAGGAUGGAUGCGGAUGUCGUGCCGAUAAUAUUUAUAUGGGUUUUACAGAAUGUAGCACGAACAUCUGGUUAUACAUUUGUGGACACUACAUGGACUACUGGAUUGGAAGUCUCUGAAUAUGAGUCCUAUAAAAAUAUGCGACUUUUCAAAUUUGAAGUCCCAGAUGACACAGUUCGGGCUGUGUUCAGUAUGAAAGCAAUAGUGAAAGGCAAUGACAGGUGCCCCAACAGGAAGAUAUCAGUGAAUAUCCAAGAAGGUGGUUACCCACUUCACAACACCAGCAGUGACAUAUUUCCAGACAAGUUUUAUUUAAACCGCAGUAUGUCUAUCUCAUUACCUGGUAUCAGUACAGAUGCUCAUUCCACCAGCACAGAGCUGUACCUCAGUGUACCAAAACCAGGAAGCUACUUUGCUGGAGCCUUCAUAUCUGAGGAUAAAGAUGGCAAGAGUGAUGGUAUAACGCAAAAAGAAUUCAAGGAGGUGUGCCACUAUUUUAUCACCAUAACAAUGCUGUCCUACACCAAGCAGGGUACACAGCAAAUGGCAACAUCUCAGAAUAAUGCAGUCCAACUGGGCCCACAUGGCGGGGGAAUGUACAGGAUGUUUAUGCCCAAUGAUGUCUGGAGAUAUGUCAUCAGCAUAAACAAAUGUGUUGUGCACACAAAUCUCAGCCAGUGCCCUGUAGUACUGUACACGCGCAGUGCCAGUUUCCCUGUCCUAAGGGGCAGAGAUAAAGACACACACUUGAUGAACUGCACAGAUGCAGGCAUUCCUUGCAGAAGCACAGUGCAUUCCCCACUGGCUGGCACUUGGCUCUAUUUGUAUAUAAACAAUACUUACAAUGCCACUGUGGACCUUAUACUCAGCGUCUUACCAGAUGAAUGCCUAUCUAUCAACUCUGCCCCUCAGAGAAGGUCACAAUUACAGUCCCCAAUAUCAUCAGACAGUCAAGUCACUGUAACAGUAUUCCCAAUGAAUGAAGACUCUCAGACCAAUAGAACAGCAGCCAACACCACAGAAACCCAGGUGCUAUAUAAUGUGACAAACCAGGAGGGAAAGUGUGCAAUAGGAACCCUGGGAAGGUUCCAGGGUCCAGGAGACUUCAGGGCCCAGUUCUGGCCCCACGUGGAGGACGUUGCUCUGGCCAGCACGGUGGUCAUUCCGGUCGGUUCUAAGGUGGUGUGGUCCUAUGAAAUACUGCCACAGUCAGAUGCUGGGGGAACUCUCCAUAUAUCUGUACACAUUAACUCCUCUAGCAUGCCCAUAAAGCCAUACAACACCUCAGUCAAAGUUUGCAUUAUGAGAGGUAGACUUCCACUGGACGAUACAGGGGUGACGUGUCCUGACACCAAUAUGUUGUCCCCUAACACCAGUGAUGGGGACAGCAGUGAGAGUGAGGACCUCUACAUACCCUACCCUGAAUCUGGAAGAUGGUACAUGGGACUGCAGGCACUGUGCUACGAAUUUGACGCCCUCUCAAAUCAGACCAAGCCUGUCCUGUGUACAAAUUACACUUUGCUAGACCUCCAUGUUUCCCUGUCCCCCUGUGUGGAUGGGGAGUGCGGGAAGUACGGGGAGUGUAGGGCUUACUCCUCGGGGAUGAACAUAUACUCCACAUGUGUGUGCUUUACUGGUUACCAUGGUUAUGGCUGCACAGACACGUCUCAGGCCCUCCCAGAGUCUGUCCAGCUCUUACAGACAAUGCUUCUGACUCUCAGUAACCUGUUCUUUAUCCCAGGGAUUGUCCUGGCUAUAUACAGGAGGUUCUACGUAGAGGCCUUUGUCUAUGCCUUCAACAUGUUUUUUUCAACAUUUUACCAUGCUUGUGAUAGAAAUAGACUGUACACGUGGUGUUUGAUGAAAUAUGACACCCUCAGUUUCUGCGACUUCUAUGGCUCCAUCAUGUCUUUCUGGGUGACCAUUAUCAUCAUGGCCAGACUGCCAGAUGAGGCCAAGUGGUUCCUCCACAUGCUGGGGGCCCUGGGGAUCUCUAUAGGAGUGGAGUAUGACAGAUACAGCCUCCCAGCAUUUAUAGUGCCCUUCGCAAUAGCAGCUGUGGUGACAUUUGGUUCUUGGAUGUAUCAGUGCAGGAAAAGAAGAAGCUGCUACCCAUCUAAGAAGCGGUGGCUGUGUUAUCUGCUCCCAGGCAUCCUGCUGGCAGGAAUAGGACUGUGUGUUUUUGCGUUUGCGGAGACAGAUGAAAACUAUGCCUACACACACAGUGUAUGGCAUUUCACCAUAGCUUCCAGUGUGUUCUUUUUACUCCCUCCUCGGCGUAGAAAGUCAGGUAUGGAAUAUGCCUCAUUUGAUAACACUACAUCCAGCCUGGAUGUGACUACAGUACCAACUUCCAGUCACUUGGUAAUGGUGCCCUCUGAUGGCAUAGUCCAAAGUCAACCAGAUACUAACUCCAUAAUAUAGGGAAACUUUGGGGUAUUGUCUCCCUGCUUCUUGUGUAUUUCUUGUCUUGUGGGUGACAGUAACAUCUUGUUAAAUUGGAUGUACCACCGAAGUGAUGUGAACUAUCUUCUCAUUCAUAACUCUUCUGACUAGCAAGUGAAGGCAAUUAAGCCAAUAUGUGCUCAGCAUGAAUUCAAGAUAUUUAUAUGGAAAUUUGAAGCUGGAUUUUUUUAUCCUUAAUUACAGUAAAAUCAAAAUCUACUGAAUAUUGCUGAGCAGUCCAUGACUUAGUACAUGUUAUUAGAAUUAUGCGGGAGGCAAUCGCAAUAGUGUAAAUCUUAUUUAGUGUUGUAACCCUGAGAUGGGUGCUGGCAGUCUUUGUACUUAAUCACUAUAAAAAUGGAACUAGAAUGAUUUUAUUCAUGCUUGGAAUGAUCUACAAAUUAAGUUUAGGAAAAAUGUGUGUGUACACACAAUUGUAUUUUUUCCCAGUGCAUGAUGCUUUUGUGCCUUGUUGAUUUUUCAUUUAUAGUAAAGCCUUUUAAGACUAUUUUAUUUUAUUAUAUUAUCGUGUAUGUGUUAGUGUGUUUGCGUGCAUGUGUGUGUGAGCAAAGUCUUGGAUAAGCAUGGGUACACAUAGAUUUAACUAUAGUACAUGAUACUUUUUGUGCCUUGUGUUUUUUGUAAAUAUAAUCUCUAAUAUUAUAACCUUGAACUUUUGUGGAAAAGGUUUAAUAUACUUAUAUAUCCAUAUAUGAAUUGAUUUUAAGAUUUAUUGAUUUAAGUCAAUAUGUGCAUGUUGAAUUGUGAAGCAAAUAUUGAAUGAAGUUUUAUUGCACAAACCACGUUAACUUGACUGAAUACUAUCUCUAUGUGCAUGAAUGACUUGUUAUGGGAAAUGAGUUUUUAUUGUUUUGUUUUAGAUUCACACCAGUAUUUUGAGUUAACAUGGGAUUGUGUUAAAUAUCUAGUCACAUGCAGCAAAUAAUGCAUUUUAUUAUUAUUUCUAUUAUUAUUAUUAUUAUUUUGCAUGGAUAUUUGUAGCUUACUUGCUUUGCUAGAAUAUGGAACAGUGCAAGCAUGUACAGCAGGCGGGCAUACAUAUCAGGUGGAUUUAAAAACUUCCUGAACUCUACAUUUUAUUAACUCAAAAGCCAUCAAUUAUAAUUCAGUGAAAUUUCACAUUUACUGCUACAUGAUAUUGUAUGUGGCACUGGGAAUAUAAAGCUACAUGUAACAUAAUGCUGCCUUUAAUUUAUAUAUCAGAGUUUAUUAAUUAUUUUUUAUCCACCUGAGUGACAUAUUGUAUAUAGUAUGGCUUGCAUCAGUCCUGUUCACAGGCAAAAAGUAAUUAUAUAAACAACUUUUUUUAAAUUUUAUUCCCAAUUUCAUCACAGCAUAACUGGCAUGCAUUUCACCUGUACUGUUCUCACUAGAAAGUUGACCUGAAACUGUUGUUGUGUUUGGUUUUCAGAUCAAUGUCAACCUGGUGCUAAAGAUAGGGUAGUCACUGCUCUCUUGGACCAUGAAGGAAAUACUGUGCAAGCUAUAAUCUAGUUGCUUUUAGAGUCUUGCUAUUCUUGAGAUCAAUUAGCAGAGGGAAGCAUCUUUUUGUGCUUUCUCUUUUGAUAACUAUUUGCAUUUUUUGUUUUGUUGAUUUUGAUUGACAUAAAUUAAACUUAAUGAUUUUUUUAUAAAAAGAACUAAUCAAAUCUGUUGAAUAUUGCUUUCUGUUAAUAUGGCAAGUGAACAUGACAUGAAGCUCAAUAAAAUUACUUACUAGUAUUUUUAUAUACAGACUCUUCCACUGUCUGUCUAUACAUUCUGAUUAUCUGCUUGUCCUCUUUGUCGCCAUUCAAAACUGUCAAACCUUAUUACUUUAAAGAUUCGCAAACCGUAACUUUGUUUCACUUCAAAAUCAUAAAGGGUUUUUCUUGAUAAAAACACCUAAAAAUAGCCCUUUUUGGAUUAUUUCUGCAAAAAAUUAUCUCAAUUUUUGUCGUAUUUUGCAUGCACACCUGCAUUGUUUGGACUUGACUCCAUUAUCAUCAUUUCAUUUAGGUGUUGUCUGAUAAAAAUGCUGGUAAUGCUUGAAAAUCGGAGAUUGGCAUAGCUGCAGUUAAUGUUUUUGUGUAGUGUCUGUAUAUUUGCCAGCUUUGCUGUCUAAUUUACCAUUAUAUGAUGAUAUACAAAUUACUUAGUUUUGUAUUUAUGUCAUUUUAGCAAAUGAUAUAACAUCUUCAAUUUCAUUUGUAUUGUUGUUAUUGCAAAGGAAGGAACUGAGCUGGCUAAUUUUUCUAGAGGCAAACAGAAUGUUCUCGAAAUAUGUUUAAUUAUUAGACAAAUUAAUAUAAUGUCAGGAUCUUUCUAAUGCAGUCCAUUUACUUUUUGUAGUUAAAAUUGUUAUUUAAUUUAUUACUUUUGUUUUUUUAUAACUAACCAUUAAUUUAAAUCGCACAUAAGUAGACAUUAAGAAUUUCAGGAUCUUUCUCAAAUUUGUGAUCAUUUGAUUGCUCUUCAUAAAGAAUAACGUGUACUUACAUAGUCCAGAUUAUUUUAUGUUAAUUGUAUCUUGUGAUACUGGUUUUAAGUGGUGAGUUAUGUGUAAUAGUAUUGUAUAAUAAAAUUCAUUUUG